CAAAGGACCCCCCCCCUCCCCGCCGGCGGCGCCGCUUGCCGCGGGGGACGAUGUACAAGCUCGGCGGCCGUGGCGGCGGCCGCGGCGGCGGGGGCGGAGCCGCGAAGCGCCCGCCAGCCCCCCACGGCCGCGGCCGUGGGGCUGGCCCCUCUAUCGGCGGCAUGCCCGCGCCCCCCCGCGGUCGCGGCGCCGCUGCGGCCGCCGCCGCCGCGGCGGCGGCGGCGGCGGCGGCGCAGGCGGCCGGGCGGGAGGAGUCGUUCAGCCUGGAGUCCAGUGGCCCGCCGGCCUUCGCGGCAAUCAUAAGGCUGACCCCUGACCUCGUCGACGAGAUCCGGCGUGCCGAGGAAUCGGGCAGCGGCGCUCGCAUCAAGUUCAACCCUAACAUGUACAACUCCUCGGAGAACAUUAUAGAUGUUGGUGGCAAAGAAUUUAAAUUUACAUGGGCUUCUGAACGUGGUGAAUUAUGUGAUAUUUAUGAAGAACGUCAGAGUGGAGAGGAUGGAAAUGGAUUGCUUCUUGAAUGUGGCUCUGCGUGGCGCAAGGUGAAUGUGCAGCGUAUUUUGGAUGAAUCAGCAAAGAACCUUGUGAAAAUGCGCUCAGAGGAGGCUGAGCGUCUCUCAAAAUCUCGAAAAUCGAUUGUGCUGGACCCUGCAAAUCCAUCUGUUAAGAGUCAGGCCAAGUCAAUGGCUGCUGCUGCUGUUGAAGGUAAUAUGCGGAGGAUGAACUGGAAGCAGAAGAAAGAAUUUUACAAGAAGAAUCCAGCUGCUGUUAUUGCUCCAACCAAAUCAGUUUCCAAAGUGAAGCUGUCUAAUAGUGUACCAAAAGCAAAUUUCUCCACUUCACCAGCGCUUUCUCCUGAGCAACCUGGACCGAGCAUUCCUUCAGUUCCUACCGGAUCAGAUGUAAAUAAUGAAGUCAUAACACCAUUCGAUUUGAAUAAAGAUGAAAAUAGUAAAGUCGAGAAAUCAACCCCAAAUAGGGUGUCUCAAGGAACAAGUCGUCGAGCAAGUGUUGUUUCUGCAAGUACUGAUGAUAAUACAAAUGAGCUGCGAAGUCUCUUGAUAUCUGUACUUUCAGAAAAUCCAAAAGGAAUGAAUUUAAAGGGCCUGGAGAAAGCUGUUGCAGAUGUAUUUCCGAAUGCUUCAAAGAAAAUAGAUAGUAUCAUCAAGAAUAUUGCAAUUUUCCAAGCGCCAGGGAGGUAUUUGCUCAAACCUGGAUUAGAGGCAGAAAGCUCUAAAAGAUCUAUUGAUGACAACACUGAGGAAGCUGGUCCAAGCUUAAAAAUGGAUGAUCCUGAUAUAUUUGAGAGGAUUGACAUUGGAGGCUCCCCAGUUUCUGCUGCCCGAGAUGAAAAAGUCAAUAAUGACAGUGAUGGUAAAGCUGGCUCAUCUAGUGAGAGUGGAAGCGGUAGUGAUAGUGACAGUGAAAGCAGUGACAGUGGAAGUGACAGUGGGAGCCAAAGCAGAAGCGCUGCAAGUGGCAGUGGGAGCAGUAGUGACAGUGACAGUGAUGCUUCUUCAAGCAGCAAGGAAGGAUCAGAUGCAUUUGUGGAUAUUACAAGUGAUGAUGAUAAAGGAGGAGCACACAGAAAAGCAGCAGAUGAACUUAAAUUAUCUUCAUUGCCAAGAGAUUUGACUGCACUAGAUGGCGAUGAUGAGCUAAUAGAUAUUGGAACAAAUCUGGAUUAUAAGAGCGCAUCCCCACACAUUGAUUUGAACAAUUUUAAUGACAACAAUAAUGAGUCAGCAUACACAGCUGUACCAACUGAUAGCUUCGAUGCGAGCCACUUAGAGAAGCCACCAGAAAUUCCUGGAAGCAAGAACAUGGUAAAUACCAGCAUAGAUCCUAGUAGAAUUGAUAGCAAGUACGCUGCAAAUGAAAUGUCUUAUGAGGACCUUUUUGGUGACCCUUUAGCACCAAGUAGUGAAAACCUACCCAAGGAAGAAACCAGCCAAUCUACAAAACAUCAUGGCAGUAGGAGAAAGUCAGUAUCAAAGGAUGGAUCAAAUCAUGGUCAGGAUAGGAUCAACGAGAAAGGUGCCAAACCCAAGUUGAAAAGAUGCUCUGCCAAUGAGAACUCGAGUGUAAUGUCUGGAAGUGCCAAAAGGGCCAAGGCUGAUUAUUUAGGAACUACUAGUUCAUUAUCAGAACAGAGACAAACUUUACCUCUUGACAAACAUGUGAAUGAGAAGCUGAGUAAGGAGACAGGGAAUGUUAGCUGGGAUGCACAUAGUGAUCUUCAUGCACAUGAUAGCAGCCCUGCUGUGAAAGUAAGACAUUUGGCUUCUGGAAAUUUGCAAAAGAUAAAUCAAAGCCCAAAUGUACUUAACCAAGCAAUGCACUCUGAGAGAACACAAGAUAAGGUUGAGAAGUCAAUUUCUAAGAAAAAGGCAGAUAAGGUUCAGAAGCCUUGGAAUAGUUUGGAUGGUAACCUUGGAAGAGUUUCGCACGCUGAAGACCCAUAUGCCAAUUUUGAUGACUCUGAUGAUUCUGCCACAAGAAAAAAAGCUAGAUAUGGGGGAACCCAAGUUGAGGAUAAAAUGCUCAGUCGUUCCAAAGAUGCUAACAUUGACGUGAAUUCCAUGGUUUCAGCUAAAAGUGCUAAAGGAAAUGUUGGAUAUGAUGGUGUUAUGCCGUUUCCUGAUUCCAAUGAAAGUAAUGGUCAGCCAUCAAAUUUGCAAAGAAAUAAUGCCGAGAGUUCACCUCAUGGAAAAAAAGUGCUCCAGAGAGAGCUUUCAGAUCUCGAGUUGGGUGAAUUUCGUGAGGCUUCUCUGGAAAAUGAGACUGGGAGGGCAAAGAAGCAAUUUGAAAGAAAUAGUUCUUCAAAAUCACUUGAUGGUAAAUUAGCUAAUGUGGAUAACUCCAUUCCCAGUAUGGCAAACAGAAAGGGUUCUCUAUCCUCUUCUCAAGAUCAGAGGAAACCAUCACCUCGAGAAUUUGGUAUUGGAGGUAAUAUAAAUCAGGAAGGAUUCCCCAAGAAGGCAUCUGGAUAUGAUUUUGAUAAUAAUAGGCCUCAACAAAGAGGAAAUGUUCCACAAAGUCAGCAAUUGUCAAAACCUGAUAAUCCAGUUCCUGUGGUCAUAUUACAUCCAGAUCAGCCAGGAGAAAAACCCGGGAAAAGGGAAACAAGGGUUCAGGUUGGAAUGCUAGAUCAAGUAGGUCCAAAGAAGAUAGGGAAAACUACCCCCAAGCUUCCUCAGAAUGGUAGUAGGAAUGCCAUAGGCUCUAGAACACAGAAAUCAAUUUCCCCAGCAGAAAAUGAGGAAAGAAGUAGGAACAACUCUUUGAUUGAGAAUGAUGCAAGUAGAAAGAGAAGGGACAGUUCUUCAGAUGAAGAUAAUUUAUUCUUCUCAAAGUAUGAUAAAGAGGAACCAGAACUGAAAGGUCCAAUAAAAGAUUUCUCACAAUACAAAGAUUAUGUUCAGGAGUACACUGAGAAAUACAAAGUUUACUCCUACUUAAACAUUCAGAUUGAGAAAACUCGAUCUGAAUUCCUAAAGGUUCAGGAGGAUCUUAAUGUCGCUAAAGAAAGAGAUAAGGAUCUGUAUUAUAACAUUAUGGAAAGAAUCAGAGACAUGUAUCAUGAAUCGGGCACAAGGCAUAAAUUGAUGAAGAAGGUCUUUUCACUGCUUCACGAAGAGUUGCAGACUAUCAAGAGAAGAAUUAAAGACUUCGCCGACAGCUAUUCAAAUGAGUAACUGUUGUACUUAUACCGUCAUAACAUGGCAUUUGCAACUGCUUUCCAGAGGCUGUCAUACAGCAUCGACUCUGAAGAAACUGAGACCUUGGCAUUAAGCUUGCCUUUGUAGAAGCACGUGCAUAGCUUGAGAUAUUCAUUCAAAGGCAUUUACUAGUGGAAAGAAAGCUGAGGAAAUUGAUAGUUCGGUAGACCCCUGUGCUGAAUUUCAAUCAUGAUGGUGGAACACGAUCAAGAUAUUAAGAACAUACCCUCACCACCUGACAGCCUGAGCUGGCGAAAACUUAAACUCAUGGAACAGAGGUAAUAUUCGAUUCGGCGUUACAACACAAUUUUGCAGGUAGAUUGGCAAUGUGACCAGGUGGUUCCCUUUGUAGAUGCUUUUGCUUCUCCCGUUGUAAAAAGGGCGAGGUGUCUCUCCCCUCAUCUCGAUGUUUCGUUGUGUACAUUACCUUUGUAUUAACUUAUCAGUGUCGCAACUGAACUACUGAAAAAGCCCAUUGCCCUGUACAUAUCUGCAGAACCAGAAUCAAAUAGAGAAGUUUUGAAGUGAGAUAAAUCAAGGGAUAGUGUUCCUCA